GUAAUUUAGCUCCGUGCGUGUGAGAAAAGGAAGAAAGGAGGGUAUCUAAUAGUGAAGUGUUGCUGGGUUGGAAGAAGGGAACGGGGUAGUUUUUUAUUAUUAUUAUUAUUGUUCGUACACUCUGCCCGUUUACUCCUAAUUAUCCUGGAGAGAGGUUGAACGGUUAAAAUGGAGGCGGACAGAUCCGGCGGAGGACCAAACCCGAACUCCGGAGGCGGUAGCAGCAGCAGCGGAGCGGGGCGCAACCCAAACGGGCCCAAAGCAGCACCGGGCCAGGCGACAUCAGCUGCGGCGACCGGGGCGAUGGCAGCAGCGGCGGCGGCAGCGGCAGCAGCCGGGGCCAUGCCCGGAUCGUCGCAAUCUCGGGAGCCACAGGAUAGGGACUCGGGCAUGACGCUUCCUGGGAUCCUGCACUUCAUCCAGUACGAGUGGGGACGCUUCCAGGCCGAGAAAUACCGCUGGGAGGCUGAGAGAGACGAACUCAGGGCUCAGGUGGCGUUCCUACAGGGUGAGAGGAAAGGGCAGGAGAAUAUGAAACAGGACCUGGUGAGGCGGAUCAAAAUGCUGGAGUAUGCCCUCAAACAAGAAAGGGCUAAGCACCAGAAGCUUAAGACAGGAAAUGACCAGAGUCCAGGAGACAAGAAACCAGAGACGGAGGCAGACCAACUUCCCAAUGGGCCAGCUGAGUCAGACUCUGAGCCAGCCAAUCAGAUGUCCUGGAAGGAGGGACGUCAGCUACUACGCAAAUAUUUGGAGGAAGUGGGUUAUUCAGACACCAUCCUGGACAUGCGGUCUAAGCGUGUGCGCUCCCUGCUCGGGCGAAGCAGCCCCGAGGCUAACGGGCCCCCACCCAGUGAAACCUGCCCUGAGCCAGAGCCCCGGGCAGGUGGAGAGUCGCUGUUGGUCAGACAGAUAGAGGAACAAAUCAAGAGGAAUGCGGGCAAGGAAAGCUCUAAGGAACGUCUGGGCGGCUCUGUGCUGGAUAAGAUCCCCUUCCUGCAUGGCUGCGAGGAUGACGAUGAAGACGACAGUGACGAGGAAGAUGACUUUCAAGGCAUGGCCACUGACUGCAUCGAUGGACCGCGCAAGAACAAAAAGUCACGUGUAAAGAUGGGUUCAGAGCCCAUGACCACAGACCUGGACCCAGAGGACGAGGAAGACGAAGAUGACUCAGAAGAUGCACUUGGAGAAUUUGACUUCCUGGGCUCGGGGGAGGAUGGGGAGGGGGCGGGAGAGGCCCGGAUCUCGGGGGACGGACGGGAGUUAGAGAACCGCAGGAACAAGUUACAAGGCAUGAUGUCGGACUUCCCCCCUAAACCUACCCCGCCCCCUUCUGUAUCAGGACAGGCUCGCUCCGGUGAAGGUGGUGCCCUGGGUUUCUCCUCUGAUGUCUUCAUCAUGGACGCCGUUGGAGGAGGGGACAUGAACCUUGGUGAACUGGCUGAUCUCACCGUUGCCAAUGACAACGAUCUCUCUAUGGAUAUGCAGGAUAACAGAGAGGAAUUUAAGAAGACAUGGAACCCUCGUUUCACACUACGCAGCCACUUUGAUGCCAUCCGCGCUUUGACCUUUCACCCCAGCCAAGCGGUGCUGCUCACGGCCUCUGAGGAUGGAACACUAAAACUGUGGAACCUCAACAAGGCCAUGCACUCUAAAAAGAACGCAGCUUUGGAUGUUGAGCCCAUCUAUACAUUCAGAGCGCACAGUGGAGCCGUUCUGUCACUGACCAUGGGAGAGGAUGGGGAAUCCUGCUACAGCGGAGGUCUAGAUGGAACUGUCAGGUGUUGGAAGAUGCCAGACCUCAAUGUGGAUCCUUAUGAUAACUAUGAUCCUGGCAUCGAGAGCAGUGUACUUGCAGGCCACGAGGACAGUGUCUGGGGUCUGACUUACUCAGCAAUUCACCAUCGUCUUGCCUCUUGCUCCGCCGAUGGAACCAUUCGCAUCUGGGACCCUCAGAACUCGGCACCUUGCCUGUCUGUCUUCAAUAAGGAGAGAGAGCACGGAACACCCACCUCGGUGGCCUUUGUGGCUACUGACCCCAACCAGGUGGUGGUGUCAUUCGACGGUGGCGAGACACUGCUCUACGACCUCAGCACAGAGCAAAGCGUCACUGCGCUAGAGACACAGACCAAGGACGCGAGUGAGCUGAUCAACCGAGUGGUCAGUCACCCAUCUGAGCCUGUCUCCAUCACUGCACAUGAGAACCGCACCAUCCGCUUCCUAGACAAUAAGACAGGUAAAGUUGUCCACUCCAUGGUGGCUCACCUGGAUGCGGUCACCUGUCUCACUACAGACCCUAAAGGCACUUACCUCAUCUCUGGCAGCCACGACUGCUCGGUGCGCCUGUGGAUGUUGGACAACAGGACGUGCGUGCAGGAGAUCACAGCCCACAGGAAGAAACACGACGAGGCCAUUCAUGACGUGGCCUUCCACUCUUCCCAGCCCUUCAUUGCCAGCGCCGGCGCAGAUGCACUUGCCAAGAUCUUUGUCUGACAGCACUGUUGUCAUUCUGGUGAGGUGGGGGAGUCCUACAACCACAACUGGGCCAAAAGAGACUGAAAAUUUAAGUGGACAAAUUUCACCUGCUUACACACACUCACACACACACACACACACACACACACGUCCUGCACCCCACUGGCUGGGUCAUCGCCACAGGACGUCACCUCCCCUCGAUUCCUCACUGUUCUCUGAUGCCUCAGUGACUUCUUGUAAUACUAAUCACACUGCUUUUUUAUAACUUUAAAAUCUUGGCUGCUCCGUUUUCAAAUAAUCAUAUCUGGAGUAACACUUUUCUACACUACAGUACUUUGUUCUGCUUUUUAUUUUUCAGUCUGCCAAUUUACGAAGCACCGCGCGCGCGGGUGUGUGUUUGUGCGCUUGAACUGCUGAUACACUACUCACAUUUCACAGAGAACCACAGAGGAAACACUCACACUGCACAGCACACACACCGCACAAAUGCAUCGUUGCAUUUCAUUUAAGAUCUUUUUUUUAAUAGUUGAAAAAUUGCUUGUUUCUAACAUACAUAGGUAGGCAUGAUUUAAAACAGUAACUGUUCCCAGCGGUGGCAGAAAACACCAGACCAGCCUCUGCAUUGGGAAUCAAUGUAUUACAUUCCAAAGACUCCAGGGGUAGAGUGUGUGUGGUGUGGUUUUUGGGUUUGGAGAAUGUUUAACUUAGUUGUGUGUGAUGUGAGGAGGCAUUAGACAGUCGCUAACCAGUGUUGAACAGAUAGCUUUAAUUUAAACUUUAUCGCCAAGACACCAAGUCUCAUUCUAUGUCUGUGUAUUAUAGCGUCCCCAUGAUUCUGCCUCUACUUGCGUGUGUGUGUAUGUGUAUGUGUGAGAGUGAGGUUAAAUGUCACUCUGCUGUACAUUAUAAAUGAAGAUAUUUACACAGUCACGGUCCAUUUCUGCAGAUGUACAGUCUGAGCUCGACCCUGCAGACUGAUGCUUUCACACCAUGUUAAUCAACGAAUGGUAGAAAUCACAGAGAGCACAGCUGAAGUCUUUAGACCACAGGGGUGUGAGGCCAGUGUGUAUACUCCCAACAAAUGACACAGAGUGUGUCAUUUGGUGCUUUUUACUGUACAGAAGAGUGUGUGUGUGUCUGCCUAUGCGUGUUUGUGUGUGCACUAGUUAAAUCACGGUGCUAUGAAAGACCUCGUCAGUCUUGAGUCAGAAUCAGGGACCUGUUUUUGUGUGUGUACGUGUGGGGAAAGAGAGACUGCGUUUCUCACUCGCCGGGCUACAGAUGUACAUCGUGUGAAUCAAGUUUUUCAAUGACAUUUCAUUG